UGGACCCAGCAGGAGGCCCAUGGAGCUCAGGGCCACAGGCCACAGGGGACAAGGGCCAGACACCCCAGCUAUGGCUCCAAGCCAUUGAUCCAGCCUAGUCUGGCCAGCUGGGGGUGGGGAAACCUUGGCCUAGAUAAACAGAGGCUGCGACUCCGGAGGCUGUGCAGGCCCAGCACCCACCUGCCACUCCUGAAGCCAUUGGAGAGACAGAAGCUUCAGGCCUAUGGUACAAUGCAAGUCCCAGAAAUGCCACGAAGAAAAAAUCAGUAAAGCAAGGAGUGGGCAGGGAAGGCCAUCCUGAAAAAGUGACAUUUGCAUCAAGACUCGAAGGACAUAGAGGUUUGGGCCAUGAAGCAAAUCGAAGAGAAAAGUUCCCCACAGAGGAGGAGAUAGAUGUCAGUCCAGCAAGGAACAGGAUGCCCACAGCUGAGACCCCCCAGGAGGCUGGUGGGCAGGGUGAUGGAGGUGAUGGUGAGGAAGCAGAGCCGGAGGGGAUGUUCAAGAACAGCAAGAGAAAAGCCCGGGACUACCUCCGCUUCACACCACUGUGCCUGGCCUUGGCUGUGCUGGCUUCAGCUGGAGUCAUGCUCUGGUAUUUUCUAGGAUAUAAGGCAGAGGUGACGGUUAGUCAGGUGUACUCUGGCAGCCUCCGGGUACUAAACCGCCACUUCUCCCAAGACCUGGCCCGCCGUGAGUCCAGUGCCUUCCGCAGCGAAACCACCAAAGCCCAGAAGAUGCUCAGGGAGCUCAUUGCCAGCACCCGCCUAGGUGCUUAUUACAACUCCAGCGCCAUCUACUCCUUUGGGGAGGGACCCCUCACCUGCUUCUUCUGGUUCAUCCUUGAAAUCCCGGAGAACCGGCGCCCAACGCUGAGCCCUGAGAUGGUGCGUGAGUUGCUGGCAGAGGAGUUGCUGUCCAACAGCUCGACUGUGGCUCCCUACAAAGCUGAGUACGAGGUGGACCCUGGAAGCCUGGUGAUCCUGGAAGCCAGUGUGAGAGACAUAGUCGUUCUGAACUCCACGCUGGGCUGUUACCGAUACAGCUACGUGAGCCAGAGCCAGGCCCUCCGGCUGAAGGGACCGGACCACCAGGCGUCCAGCUGCCUGUGGCAUCUACAAGGGCCUGAGGAUCUCAUGCUCAAACUGCGGCUUGAGUGGACCCGGGUUGAUUGCCGUGACCGAGUGGCAAUGUACGAUGCGGCUGGGCCCUUGGAGAAGAGGCUGAUCACCUCGGUCUACGGGUGCAGCCGCCAGGAGCCCGUGAUGGAGGUGUUGGCGUCAGGAGCUGUCAUGGCGGUGGUGUGGAAAAAGGGCCUGCACAGCUACUACGACCCCUUUGUGCUCUCCGUGCAGCCUGUGGCCCUCCAGGAUUGCCAAGUGAACCUGACACUGGAGGGCCGACUGGACAAGCAGGGCUUCCUCAGCACACCCUACUUCCCUAGCUACUAUUCACCCAGCACCCACUGCUCCUGGCAUCUCACAGUACCCUCUCUGGACUACGGCUUGGCACUCUGGUUUGACGCCUAUGCACUGAGGAGACAGAAGUACGAUGUGCCAUGUACACAAGGCCAAUGGAUGAUACAGAACAGGAGGCUGUGUGGCUUCCGCACCCUGCAGCCAUAUGCAGAGAGGAUCCCUGUGGUGGCCUCCACUGGCAUCACGGUCAACUUCACCUCCCAGAUCUCCCUCACAGGGCCUGGAAUGCAAGUGUACUACAGUCUGUACAACCAGUCAGACCCCUGCCCUGGAGAGUUCCUUUGCUCUGUGAAUGGACUGUGUGUCCCCGCCUGUGAUGGGAUCAAGGACUGUCCCAAUGGCCUGGAUGAGAGAAACUGUGUCUGCAGAGCCAUGUUCCAGUGCCAAGAAGACAGCACAUGCAUCUCACUGUCCAGAGUCUGUGACCAGCAGCCCGACUGUCUCAAUGGCAGUGAUGAGGAGGAGUGCCAGGAAGGAGUGCCUUGUGGGGCGUUCACCUUCCAGUGUGAGGACCAGAGCUGUGUGAAGAAGCCCAACCCAGAGUGUGAUGGGUGGCCAGACUGCAGGGAUAAGUCCGAUGAGCUCCACUGCGACUGUGGCCUCCAGGGCCCCACUGGCCGCAUUGUGGGCGGGGCUGUGUCCUCCGAGGGUGAGUGGCCAUGGCAGGCCAGCCUCCAGAUUCGGGGUCGACACAUCUGUGGAGGGGCCCUCAUCGCUAACCGCUGGGUCAUAACGGCUGCCCACUGCUUCCAGGAGGACAGCAUGGUCUCCCCGACACUGUGGACCGUGUUCCUGGGCAAGGUUCAGCAGAACUCGCGCUGGCCAGGAGAGGUGUCCUUCAAGGUGAACCGCCUGUUUCUCCACCCAUACCAUGAGGAGGAUAGCCAUGACUACGAUGUGGCCUUGCUGCAGCUGGACCACCCUGUGGUGUACUCGGCCACUGUGCGCCCUGUCUGCCUCCCUGCACAUUCCCACUUCUUUGAGCCAGGCCAGCACUGCUGGAUCACGGGCUGGGGUGCACUGCGAGAGGGCGGCCCCACUAGCAGCACCCUACAGAAGGUGGACGUGCGGCUGGUCCCGCAGGACCUGUGCAAUGAGGCUUACAGCUACCAGGUGACCCCACGCAUGCUUUGUGCUGGAUACCGCAAGGGCAAGAAGGAUGCCUGCCAGGGUGACUCUGGAGGUCCACUGGUUUGCAAGGAGCCCAGUGGCCGCUGGUUCCUGGCAGGGUUGGUGAGCUGGGGUCUGGGCUGUGGCCGGCCCAACUUCUUCGGUGUCUACACUCGCAUCACAGGUGUGAUCAACUGGAUCCAGCAGGUGCUGACCUGAAGGGCUGCCCUGCAGAGCUGGAUUGGCCUCCAACCGAAGCCCAGGGUACCCACCUGGCUGGAACAUAAGUAUUCUGGGGCAAGUGGCCCCACAGAGGCAUCAGGUGGCACCUUGUCCCCUAACCUUGAUCCCUGAUGUCUACCCCAGUGCAGCACAGAGAAGGGAUGUCAGCUGGUGGUCAGGACAUCUCCUGAGGGCUAGUGGUCAAGCUCAGCUGGCCUUCACCUCCAACUCUUUGUCCUCUUGGUUCUCUCUCUCCCUUCCUUCUGCUGUUUUGGGGUGGGUAUGUCAGCGACAUUGAUGCUGGCUCCCAGGUCUCUGUAGGAAAGUGAGAUCCCUUCCGCACGCAGAACCCACCUGAAGGAAACUGGCUCCAAAGAGCGGACUCCAUCCAGCCUGUGAGAUCCCCGUGUACCUUGGACAGUGGAAGGAAGGUGCCUCUAUCAGGGAGGACCCUCAGAGGCCUGGAGAUUGCCAAGUGGGCCAUUGUAAGCCAAAGCAUGGGUGGCCCCAGCUGCAGCUCUGCUUGCUACCUGGGUCCUCCCCGCCAUUUAAUAGAGGCCCCAUCAUCUGUUCUGUGAAUAAAGUGCUUGACCAAGCCCUGA